AUGCGACAACUAGCUGCGAAGUUGCGUAAAGUCGUUUGUUCAACUGAACUUCACUUUUUCACAGGAUCCACAGAAUUAAGGCUUAUGGUGGUUGGUAGCAGUGGACCUUCACAGUUCCUACUAACAAAUGCCUUACUUGGGAGGGAAGUGUUUCCAAAGGAUGUCACCAGCAUUUCUGACAGCAGAAAGAAUAUCGGAGAGCUAGCUGGUAGACGAGUGACUGUGAUCAAUGGACCAAACAUCUAUGAUAAGGAUAUAUCUCAAGCCAAGAGGAAGAUGGAGCUGAGAAGGUCCAAGUGCUUAUGUAUACCAGGUCCCCAUGCCUUUCUUGUUGCCUUUGACAUGGAGAAAAUCUCCCUGAAUGAUAUGAGAGCCCCUAAACUAAUGAGGGAACGUUUCGGAAGACACUGUUUGAGGUACUGCAUGGUCCUCCUGGCUUAUGAAGGGAGUGUGGAGGUAGCUGCCCUGGAAAACAGAGUGCUGAAGACUGACUGGCACCUGAGAGAACUGAUUGAGAAGUACGGUGGACGCUUUCAUGUUUUCAGCAAAAACUGGAGAGAUCGCAGCUGGGACCAAGAGCUACUGCAGAAGAUAGAGCGGAUGGUAGUCUCCUUAGGAGGGGGCUGCUUCUCCAGCAGAACUUUCCAGAAGGCGGAGGACAGCGUGAAGAAGGAGGAAAAGAGGCUAAGGAAGCAAAGGGCAGAAGAAAUAAAGAAGGCAUGGACUGAGAUGGAGAAGCAAUACUUAGCAGGAGAGUUGUAUCAACAGAAGGAUGCUUACACCACCAGUGUUGGUGUAGAGAUCAGAGCCAAGGCAGAGAUGGACAAUGGAUGGCUCAGAACUUCCCUGGCCAGAGGACUGGGGACAGGUUUGGUUGUGGGAGCUGUUGUGGGUGCACUGUUUGGUUCUAUAGAGGGCCCAGGGGGGAUGGUUCUUUAUGGGAUCAUAGGUGGAGCAGUAGGUGGAUCAGCCGGAGGGACGGCCCAGGUAGCUAUCAAGCAUAUGGAAGACAGAGUGGCCCCUCCUGCUAGACUUAACUUUAACUCAAUCUUCAUCAAUCGCUUCUUUGCAACUCCUCGUCCAUGACAGCGUAGUGUUGACUUAUGACCUGUAUUUCAGAAUAAAGUGCUCUUUGUAUCUAGCUGUUGCUUACAUAGCUUUCAGGCUGAUUUGAUACCAAACUAAAUAAGGAAAUAUACAACUCCCUUCAGACUGACACCGAAACUUUAUUUGUUCUACAGUGCUAUUGUUUUCACCCUGAACAGUUUAAAGGAAUUACUACUGGCCAUAAAUAUCUGAUUUAAACUGUAAGUCUGUAUUUUGA